AUCAUUAUUGCUAGCUAAAUUUUAAGAAAUGUUGUGACUUCUCCUUUUCAGUUUAUUAAAUCCAAAUAAAAACAUGUUUGCUAUAAAGAAACAACAAUAAGCAACCUGAGCUCUCCGGUUUCUAAUCAAAUUAUUAAGUCAUAGUUUCUUCUUACUUCCUCCCCUUGGCAUUUAUCUCAUUCUUUUUUUUUUUUUUUGCUUUAGUACUUUACAAAACAUUAUCUCAUAAUGUGUGUUCAGACCAAUGUCUUCACCAUAAUAUAGUUAUGUUGCAGCAUUUUCUGACUUUAACUGUAGACAAAAAAAAAGUGGUAUGGAAUCUUCUUCUACCCUGAUAGCUCAUUCCUUUCUUCCUAUGAAUGUAAAGAAAAAGUACCAUUAGCUAUAUUAAUCAGCAGUUAUUGAAAACUUACUUUAUGUUAGAUCCAGAGAUCCAGAGAACUAUAUAACAUGUUGAUCUGUCCUUCCAGUGAUUUUGGGCCACCAGCACAUGAGAGAACUGACCCACAGAUCUCACUUUUGGCCUGAAGUGGCAGAGUAUGCUCCAGCCUGUGUUUUGAAAAUGUUGUGUGCUAGAACAAAAAAUAAUGAUUAAUCCUCUGGAGUAAAUAAUUUACCAUAUUCUCACUAACUUCAACAUUUUAGGAAUAAAGCAUGCCUGGCAUCACAAUUUUACCUACAUUAAUUUCCAACUCAUAGCAUAGGCCACAUCAGGAUUAAAACAUUGUUUUCUUAAUAAAUGAAAUGAAUUAUUUUUACAUUUAUUCUAGUCUCCCUGAUUUUUGUAUAUUUGUUGUUCUGCUGUCAGUCAAGAGGGACAGAAUCAGUGUACCACACAAAAUAAAGCAUUUUGUAAAGCCUUAUCUUUAGUCCCCCAAAUUCAUAAAUUUGGGCUCAGAAAGGAGACUACAUGAAAGAGCUCUGAAAUAACUGUAAUUGUGGGAACAUAUAAUUUUAUAGCCUUGAACAACUGCAUAAACUGUAUUUUGAUACAAACACCACUGAAUAGAUGAUCUACUUACUAUGCUACUUAAGAAAGACAUCAACUUAGAAGUUGGUACCUGUCUCUUUUACCCUCACUUAUUUCAAGAGCCAUCCUAAUACAGCUCUCAUGCCUUCAUUGAUUGCUGAAUAUUGCUUCCUGUAUCUUUGUUGGAGACACUUGGUGACAGACUUAUAUUCAAUUAUUUUUAGCCUGAAUACCUUUAUCCAACAGUGCUGUGUGGAAAAAGUCCAGAGACAGUAGGUUUUAAAAGAACUCUCUCUAAUACUUUAUAAUGAAAACAUGUGGAUCACUUUUCAUUAUGACCAUUUCAGCAGGUGUGCCUAUUACUACCUCUGCAGAGUCAACUUUUCUGAAGCCUCUUGCUGUCAAGCCUCCUCCAGUCCAUUAAUGGCCCAACAACAUUAUGCUGGGAAAAAACACAAAAGAAAUGAAGCUAGAAAGAAGUUUAUAGACAAGAUAAGAGAGAAACCUCUUCCUGCAAAAUCAGAUGCAAAUGCAUUUAGUAUGAGAACCUACGAUUGUCGUAUUUGUAAUAUCACCUUUACAUCUUUAGAAAUGUUCCGGUCUCAUAUGCAAGGAGGUGAACAUCAACUUAAAGAAUCCAUUGUUAUUAAUCUAGUGAAGAAAUCAAGGAAGCCACCAGAAUCUUGCCAAGAUGAAUAUACAGAUUACAUCAAAGUACAGAAAGCCAGAGGAUCAGAACCAAAGACUUGUUUUAGAAAGAUGGAAGAAGGUUCUUUGGAAGCCUUUGGGUACAGAGAAGCAGUUGAUUCUAGAUCCAGACAUAGAAUGUUUGAACAAAGAUCCCCAGGUGAGACUUUCUGGACAUACCCAGGACCAUAUAAUAUUUCACAAACAGUGGAAAACCAGUUACCUCAUUGCUUACCAGCUCAAUCAAAGAAAACAUAUGACUCUUUUCAAGAUGAACUGGAAGAUUAUAUCAAAGCGCAGAAAGCCAGAGGACUAGAUCCAAAGACUUGUUUCAGAAAGGAAAGAGAGAGCUCUGUGGAAACCCAUGGGUACAGAGAAAUUGAUUCUGGACCCAGACCAAGAAUGUGUGAACAAAGAUAUUCAUUUGCGACUUCUCAGACCUACCAACGACCAUACACUACUUCACCAGUGGAAAGCCAAUUAUAUCACUGGUUACCAGCUCAGUCAAAGAGGACAUAUAACUCUUUCCAAGAUGAACUUGAGGAUUAUAUCAAAGUGCAGAAAGCCAGAGGACUAGAGCCAAAGACUUCUUUCAGAAAGAUAAGUGAUAGCUCUGUAGAAACCCAUAAGCACAGAGAAAUGGUUGAUUACAGACUCAGACCUAGAAUGUUUGAGCAAAAACUCCCAUUUGAGACUUUCCAGACUUACCCAGGAUCAUACAGUAUUUCACAGGCAGAAGAAAACCUGUUACCUCAUCCUUUACCAACUCAUGACAACAAACAGAGAUUAGACCCUGUGACCUACUGUCAACCCACAAGAGACUGUUUCCCAGAAAAACCAGUACCCCUGAGCCUUAGUCAGCAGGACAAUAACUCUGGCACAUACAGUGUAGAAUCUGACGUUUAUAAGCACCUCUCCUCAGGAAACGAUACCAGUGAGCAUCAAGCAGGUCGUAAGCGGAAACAUCAGAAGAGAAGAAGGCACAUGGAGAAAGGUGAAGAAAGGCCAGAGAAGGAGCAGUCCAAGCAUAAAAGAAAAAAGGGUUAUGGGGAUACAGAUCUAGACAAGGACAAGGGCACUGGGGAAGGGAAAAGAGGCAGAGAUAAACUCAGUGUCAGUUCAGGAAAGCUUAAGCAUCGAAAAAAGAAAAAAAGCCGUGGUGUACCCUCUGAGAAGGAAGAACGUAAGCACAAGAAAGAGAAAAAGAAACCUGUUGAAGAAAAGACGGAAGAGGAAAUGCUUUGGGAUGAGUCUAUUCUUGGAUUUUAAACUUUUAGCCUUGUUUACCCCAGGAGAAAUAGAAUGGGGGAAUUUAGACAAAGACAGAAACAUCCAAUGAAGAAAAAGAGAGGUGAGUACAGUCAGUGUCAGUUCAAGAACGCUUAGUUUUUUGUGUGUAAAAAUUGAAAUUGACUUGAAAGAAGAGACAAACAAGCCUAAACCUCGCCUCUGAGAAAGAAGAACAAAAGAACACAGAUAAGAACAUAAGAGAAAAGGAAGCCAGUUAAAAGACAAACAUGUCAGCGCUUUAGGACGAGUCUUCUCUUGGAUUUUGAACUUUUCAGUUGUGUUCCUUUAAGGUUGAAUUGAAGAAAUAAGUUGAAGUGUUUGGUUUCAUGAAAUUCAUGUUAUUUGAAUUUCCCUAAGUGAACAGUUACUUUAACCGUUAACAAAAGCCAAGUAAAGUAAGAGUAUUCAAUAUGCCUUUUCCUUAAGUUAUUUUUCUCAUUUCUUAACAUGGAAGAAAAAUUACAUAUUUCCUACGUAUAAAGUAAUUUAUCUUAAUGAGGCUGUCUCUGCUUCUGUUCAUCCAGUUGCUCUGAUAGUGAAUUAUUUACCUAUGGGAGAAAAUUAGUUUUAAAUGAGAAAAUCAGCAGGCAUUAUAGAAUCCAUCCUCUGUUUGGGUUGUGUUAGUGUUGGUGGUAUUUUUUAUUGCUAUUAUAUGUUUGUUUAUGUUUCUUGGUUUUCUCCAAGGAAAAUAUGUGAAGCAAUUUAGAUUGAUUUUUUGUUUGUUUGUUAAAUAUAAUUUACAGUGUAUUUUUGUAUUUUCUAGUUCUGAAAGUGGGAAAGUCUAUAAUAAAUGUAGAUGAUAUAUAGUUUUAAAGAGUUCUCUCAAAAAGUACUGAUAAAAAAUCAGUCUAUAUUCUGUAAAUGUUUAUAUUAAAGUGUUUUAAUUUCUAUAUAUUGUUUUAUGUAAAUAAUUAUUUCCCAGCUGAAUAUUAUUUUACUUUGGGAGUGAGAGGGGAAAUAAACAAUUUUCACCUCUAA